CUAUUCAGUGGCAUUUGUUGUCCCUAUUUCUUCUAAAUUGAAACCGGUAGGGCAACAUCGCAACUGGCUUUUUUUAGGUUAAUGCCCUCUGGCAGACAGUGUCACAAUGACAAUUUUGUUGCUGUUAUUGUUGUGGUUCACAUACAGUCUGAAAAAGCCCUCUAGUAUUGCUGAAAUAAUAUUGCCUCCCGGUAGCCCUAAUAAGCCAACAUUAGAGAAUCACUUUUAGUAGUCCAGAUAAUCCAUAAACGAAGCUUUGUAAAGACUUGAAAGAUAACUCAGCCGCUGUAAGGAGCUUCAGUGGUAUUCCAAACCCUCAUCAAGUGUCUCAAGAGACCAGAGUCAAAGACCAGGUUGCCCAAAGAAUUAGUAGUGCACCUUAUUAAUCAACAAUGCACGGCAGGUUGAAGAUCAAAACCACCGCACAGCAAAAGGCGGAAAAGGAGCUGAAACAGAGCAACCAACUUACUCAGUACAAGGCCAGCAUGUCUCAGAUCCUGCUCCAUCGGAAUUGCGACCCUUUUGACCCAGUAUCCUUUAAAAUAUGUGCCGGACUGCUCUCGACGAAUCCAGACAUUUACACUUUAUGGAACUAUCGCAAGGAGGUGAUUUUACGCGAGAAACACAGAUAUGAAGAAUCUGAUCCAGCAGCAAAAGAGGAUGGUGAUGUUGAUCUAAAAGCAUUUGAUGGACUGUUGGAAAAAGAGAUUAGCUUAACCGAAGAUUGUCUUAGAGCGAAUCCAAAGAGCUACAGCGCCUGGUACCAUCGCUAUUGGGUUUUAAUGUUGCAUUCCCAGCCUAACUGGCAGCAGGAAUUCGCCCUUUGCACCAAAUAUCUCAGUGUGGAUGACCGAAAUUUCCAUUGUUGGGACUACCGAAGGCAGCUGGUGAACCGAAUCGGAAUAACGCUGCCCGUGGAGAUAAAAUUCUCCACUGAGCGCAUUAACAACAACUUUUCCAAUUACUCCUCCUGGCAUUACCGCAGUACUUUGAUCCAGCUAAACGAGCAGUGUAUUGAGGAGGAGCUGGAGCUGGUGAAAAAUGCAGUUUUUACCGAUCCUGGCGAUAGCAGUGCCUGGUUCUACCUAAAAUGGGUGGUCACAAAUCCCGCCCUAGGCAAAGAAACUUGUCAGGAGCUUUUAGAUACUCUGGAGCAGCUGCAGGAACUGGAACCGGACUGCAAAUGGGUGUUACUGGCAAAAGGGUGGCUGAUGAAGCGGUUGCACGUCAAAGACUAUGCUGUUGAGCUUUACACGCAACUAAUCCACCUGGACGCGAUGAGAAAGGGGUUGUAUAGGGAUCUUUUGCAGAAUUGUAUUGAGAAUUCCUAGUUUAUUAUACCGAUGAUAUAACAGUGUACUUGUAUUGAAUAAAGUUUGCCAAUUGGUAGGUAGUACCUAA